GUGUUUGCACGUCGGUGCGACGUCAGACGUUGGACCAGAAGUGGCGUGUGAAACUCUCCCCGACUUCCGCUGUGCACGUGUUUAAAGAAAUGUGGACGAUAUAGCUAAUGAAACAUUACUAUCAUUUGUCUCUGUAUGAUUUUAGUGUAUUUAUAACAACAGAAACAUGGGGAAGCUAAAUGUGGUAGUGUUAAGAUACUUAUCUCGCGAUGACUUCAGGGUUCUCACGGCGGUUGAGAUGGGGAUGAAGAAUCAUGAGAUUGUCCCUGUGGGUCUCCUGUCGUCCAUCGCCAGCCUUAAACACGGAGGCUGCAAUAAGGUCCUCAGAGAACUUUGCAAACACAAGCUGGUUGCCUAUGAGCGCUCAAAGACUGUGCAGGGCUACAGGUUAAACUAUGGAGGAUACGACUACCUAGCCCUGAAGACUUUAUCCUCCAGGGAAGUGAUUGUUUCCGUUGGCAACCAGAUGGGAGUGGGUAAAGAGUCAGACAUUUAUAUUGUGGCCAAUCCAGAAGGGGAGCAGUAUGCACUGAAGCUUCACAGACUGGGCCGUACGUCUUUCAGGAACCUAAAAAAUAAAAGAGAUUAUCACAAACACAGGAAGAACAUGUCCUGGCUCUACCUGUCUCGGCUCUCUGCCAUGAAAGAAUUUGCCUACAUGAAGGCUUUGUAUGAAAGAGGCUUUCCUGUUCCCAAACCCGUGGACUACAACAGACAUGCAGUGGUGAUGGAGCUCAUCAAUGGAUAUCCACUGUGUCAGGUUCACAAGCUGCAGGAUCCUGCAGCUCUCUACAGUGAGUUCAUGGAGCUUAUUGUCAAACUGGCCAAUCACGGCCUGAUUCAUGGAGACUUUAAUGAGUUCAACCUUAUGUUGGAUGACGAGGACCACAUCACCAUGAUUGACUUCCCUCAGAUGGUUUCUACUUCACAUGCCAAUGCUGAAUGGUAUUUCGACCGUGACGUAAAAUGUAUCAGAGAUUUCUUUGCAAAGCGGUAUAACUAUGAGAGUGAGCUGUAUCCAACAUUUAAAGACAUCAGACGCUCGUGUUCAUUAGAUGUGGAGGUUUCAGCCAGUGGCUUUACUAAGAACAUGGAGAAGGAUAGUGAACUGCUUCACCCAGCUGGACCUGAAGGAGAGGAAGAUGAUGAAGAGGAGAGCCAUGAUGAUGAAGAGACAUCAGACAAGGAAGACGAAGAUCAGGAGACUGUUUACUUGGAGGAAUAUAAACAUGCAAUGCUAGAACUGGAGGGGCUGAAAGUCACUGACACACACCAAGUGACACAAGACCGAGGACAGGAGAAAACUGAAGAAACUGUAAAAGGGGAACAGAAAGAUACUCAAACAUUUUUCGAUGAUGCGUGGAGAGACUUAGAAGAGGAGGAGCUGAAGGAGGUAGAGGACGAGUGUCCAGAGCUAGAAGAUCUUUCUGCCGCCAACAAAGAGUUCAAACCCUUUAGAGACUCUGACAGUCUCCUACAAGUCACUGAACACAGGAGAAGACGGAUGGACAGUGAGGCCACAGUGGGCAGCACAGGAAGCUGCUCUACGAUACCACCUGAGGUGAUCCGUCAGAAAAUAAAGAAGCAGCUUACCAAGCAACAGAAGGCAGCACAGAGAAGACGGCUGCAGAAGGGAGAGGCCAACCUGGUGACUAAGUCCAGGAGGGACAACCAGAGUAACAUCAAGUCUAGUAUGGAGAGUGCUGACUUCUGGGGAUAAAUAGCACUGCAGUGAAGUUAAUCUCAACUUGUUUGGUGAUUGCCAUAUACCAUGAUGUUAGCGUUGAUGACAAAAAUGAACACACCUAGGUGGGAACAGCUUAGAACAUUUUUAUAUGGAUUGUGGAUUGUUGUUCUCAACCCUAAAAUAAAUAUCCAUGUAAAAAAAUAAAUAAACCAAAACCUUCAUGUAUAACA